AUGUGCAGCAUGCCGUUGUUCAGGCAGCAUUAUUCUGGUGCAAGCCCAAAAUUAACUAGCUCUUUGACAACAAUUCCUCCUUGUGAUCCAGAACCAUCUGAAAGUAACGAUCGUGUGCGUGAGCUUCAGUCAUUACGCUAUGCGAAUAAAAGUUUAACUCAAUCUAUUUACGACUUUCAGAAGUUGCUGCAAGAGAAAUCUGAGCAAAUAGCAUCAAUGGAGAGUACAAAUGCAAAAACUGUGGCAAAGCUCGAGAAAGAAAAAGUUGCAUUGUCAAAAGAGGCUGGUUCUACCUAA